AUGUAUGGUCUGGAUUUGUCGAGCAACCGAUUAUCUGGUGAGAUUCCAGUUGAGAUUGGAGAUCUGGUGAACAUACGAUGUUUGAAUUUUUCAAGCAACCGCCUCACAGGCUCCAUACCAUAUAACAUUUCAAAGCUCAAGGACUUGGAGAGUCUGGAUCUAUCCAACAAUAAGCUGUAUGGAAACAUCCCUUCCGUGCUAGCCGACCUCAACAGUUUGGGAUACUUCAAUGUCUCUUUCAACAAUUUCUCUGGUGAAAUCCCUUUCAAAGGCCAUCUUGUAACCUUUGACAAUAGGAGUUACAUAGGCAAUGCUCAUCUCUGUGGAGAUCCUACCAAUAUCAGUUGCAACCCCACGAGAGUUCCAGAGGCAAAUGCAUCAAUGCAGGCCAAGAGGAAGAAGAAGAUGAAGUGA